AUGCCCCCCAUUCCCACAUUGAUCUUCAUGGUCAUCUUUUGCCUGCAGUCGUUGGUUGCUAUGUUACAAAAUGGUUUCAUGGCCAUUGUGCUGGGCAGGGAGUGGAUGCGGAGCCAGGCACCACAGGCAACUGACAUGAUUAUAGCCUGUCUUGCUUUGUCCCGGUUCUGUCUGCAUGGGUCAGCCACUCUGAACAACUUCUUGGAAUUCUUUGGCUUUUGUUACCAAGUGAACUUUUUUGGCAUUUUCUGGGACUUCAUCAACACUCUCAUUUUGUGGCUUACUACCUGGCUUGCCAUGUUCUACUGUGUGAAGAUCUCCUCCUUCUCCUACCAUGUUUUCUUUUGGCUGAAGUGGAGGAUUUCUCGAUUAAUACCCAGGCUGCUGCUGGGCUCCUUGAUCAUCAGUGGCCUGUCAGCCAUUAUAUCAGCCAGUGGGAAUACAAUUGCUGCUCAUUUUUCCCAUGGAAAUUGUACCUUUGGUCAUAAGACAUUGAUCUUCUAUCGGCAUUAUUAUCUGUCCCAUGGAGUGCUUAUGUGGCUCACUCCUUUCUUCAUGUUCCUGGUGUCCAUUGUCUUGCUCAUUUUCUCACUGUCCCGGCAUGUGGGACACAUGAGAGACUGUAGACGCGGGCCUUAUGAUUCCAGCACCCAGGCGCACACCAUGGCCCUGAAGUCACUUGCCUUCUUCCUUAUCUUCUACACAAUGUAUUUCCUGUCUAUGGUCAUUUCUAUCGUGAGCAUCACACCCAUCCAGAGUCUCUGGUACUGGGCCAAAGAAUUGAUAACCUAUGCCUGCAUCUCCCUGCACUCUGUCAUUCUAGUGCUCAGCAGUCCCAAGCUGAGAAAGGCUCUCAGGAGGAAGUUUUAA